CAUAAUCCCCAAAAUCCCCACAGCAUCCAAUUAUCUCCUCCACUUCUCUCUCUCUGUACAAAACCCAUCGAUUCAAAACACACAAAAAAACCCACCAAAACCAAAAACCCAUUUCUUCUGCUUCAAUGGUAUCAAAAAACCCGAACCCGGCUGACGGAUCUUAUCUGGAUCCAACUGGAAUGGCAGCAUUACCUGGACUCUCACCUUUCCCUACAACAACAACGCCGCCAACAACCACAACGACGUCUUCUUCUACAUCGGAGGAUCCGAAUAAGAAGAUCCGGAAACCUUACACGAUUACCAAAUCCAGAGAGAGUUGGAGCGAACCGGAACAUGACAAAUUUCUCGAAGCUCUUCAGCUGUUUGAUAGAGAUUGGAAAAAGAUUGGAGCUUUUAUUGGCUCAAAGACUAUUAUUCAGAUACGAAGUCAUGCACAGAAGUACUUUUUAAAGGUUCAAAAGAGCGGAACAAAUGAACAUUUGCCUCCACCACGGCCUAAAAGGAAGGCUGCUCAUCCAUAUCCUCAAAAAGCAUCAAAAAAUGCCAUAGUGCUUUCACAACCAUCUGAGGCUUUUCAAUCAUCGUCUGCUCCCCUUGAACCUGGAUAUGUCUUGAGGCCUGAUUCGUCUUCAAUACCUAUGAACCCCAUUGCUAGUGCUGCUGUUGCUUCUUCUUGGACAAACAAUGUGCCAACUGUUAGUUUAUCAAACCAAACAAAAGGACCAGUAGCGGCUAAUAAUUGUUGCAGCAGCACUGAGAGUACUCCAAGAACAAAACCAAUUGGGAAAACAGCUGAGCAAGGGAAUCAUGGUCAUUCAAUGAGAGUUCUGCCAGACUUUUCUCAGGUAUAUGGCUUCAUCGGCAGUGUCUUCGAUCCGAAUGUUACUGAUCAAUUGCAGAAUCUUAAGAAAAUGGACCCUAUAGAUGUCGAAACGGUGCUAUUGCUGAUGAGAAACCUCUCACUCAAUCUUACCAGCCCAAGUUUUGAGGAACAUAGAACCUUGCUCUCUUCCCACGAGAUCGACUCAGAAACCAUUGGUGCGAACAAUAAUGCUGACCAAUCAAUGAAUGUUGCUUAAUUUUGGUGGGGAAACAAGAUCAAACAAUAUUUCAGCGUUGUUGCAUGUGCUUCAUGUUUGUUUUUCAGACAACUAUUACCGACGUUUAUUAGUUGGUAUGCCAGGAAAAAGAUAGCGAUCGGAAAGCUUUAAUGCCAGCUAUUAAAGGCAUCUGCUUCAGUUUUUCUGUCACCAGCUUCACCUGUUUGUUAGGUCAUCAAUUGCAGAGUUUGUAAGUAGUAACUUUUGUCCUACUCCUAUGUAUAUAUGGGAAAGGAAAAAUCCAUAAUAAUGUAUAAUAAAUAGUUCAAGAGUGUAUAGUGAUCUCAUGGCCAGCAUGUAUAGUGCCAAAUCACAAA